AUGUCUCGAUUAGGUUUGAAACAUUUUUCCCCCGAAUCUUUCGAUGAGGGUUCGGCCUGCAGGCAGGCCUUGGGCAUGUCGCCGCGUCAGACCGCUCUCUGCCUAGCUGCCCUGGACACAAUGCCCCAUGUGGCCAGAGCGGCCCACUUGACAUUGGAAGCCUGCUCUACACUUUUGGAGGAUAGGAGAUGGAAUUGCUCCAGUGCUCUUAAUGCUCCUGUUCUAGGACCUGAUCUUGCUAGAGGUACAAGGGAGCAGGCAUUCAUGUACGCCUUAGGAUCAGCAGCAGUUACAUUAGCAAUAGCUCGUGCCUGCGCAGCAGGUGAGCUUUUUCACUGCUCCUGUGCACCACCUCCAGGUGAACCACCAGGUGGUAAUUUUAAGUGGGGCGGUUGUUCCGACAAUGUCCGUUGGGGAUCUUUGUUUGCCAAAAGAUUUUUGGAUGCCACUGAAAGAACUCAUGUAACUGCCAGUGUUCUUCAUGAAAGAAGAAGACGUCGGAGGAGAAGGCAGAGGAAGUUGAAAGAUGCAACUAAAAAUGCUGUAAUAAAAACGAUCGCCAAAAAACGAAAAUUACAAGCAGAUCCCGACAUGAUCAAAUUUCACACAAGGCUAGCCGCAAUGAAUCUUCAUAACAACAGGAUAGGCCGAAAAGUUGUUCAGCAAUCCCAAGCAAUUACUUGUAAAUGCCAUGGAGUGUCCGGUUCUUGUAGUGUGAAAACAUGUUGGAAAGCUCUGGAAGCUUUAACAGUCACCGGUCAAAAGCUCUUGAGGAAAAUGGAUCAGGCUGUGGAAGUUGCUCCACGUCGAUUGGGAACAACUACACAGUUAUCUGGUGUGGCACCAGUAGUUACAGCGCCGAUGUCUAAUCAACUUAUUUAUUUGACAAAAAGUCCUGAUUAUUGUGAAGAAGAUUUAUCUGCAGGAAGUUUUGGUACCAAAAGGAAGGACCUGUUCGGUGGGUGUUACAGGACUUAG